AUGCCGCUCACACCUAGAGAUGAACGCCGUACGUUCUUUUCUUCGGAUGGUGAUGCUGCGUCUGGCGUUGUCGUUGCCUCGCAGUCCAUUGCGUGUGCGCAGGACAUAAGGCAUGAGUCCACUGACUCUCUUUUGCGCGGGCUGAUCGAGCAGAUCAAGAGUACGGAUGCGAAAAUCUCUGCAUUUAUUGAUAGUCAACAGCGUACCAAUGAAGAAAUUAGCGUCAAGCUAAGUCUCUUAGAUCGUCUUAACGAUACUGUUUCUCAGAACAGUCAACGCAUUAUCAAACUGGAGCAAGAAAAUGCUAAUCUAGUUCGCGAGGUCCGAGACUUGAGGUCUGCUCGGUCGACUCAAGCGACUCAGAGCGGUAGCGAGUUGAUCGUAUCAGGUUUGCCUUCUACUUUGUCUGCAACUCCAUCUGAGAUUGCAAAAAAUGUUUUUGCGACAUUGGAUGUUCCUAACCUCUCCUGCCAUAUCGUUAACACCAGAUUGGUUAAGAGGGAACCGUCUUCUACUGUGCCCACGGUAUCUUCACCUUCGAGCUCCGUCAUUAUCUCCUUGGCUUCGAGCGUUGUGCGCGAUGCGGUAUUGUCGAGUAAGCGUUCAAAAGGUGCGAUUAGACAGAGCGAUGUGUGUGGUGGCAGCUCACAUCGUAACGUAUAUGUAAAUGAGCUGUUGCCAAAAAGCACUUUUAAUUUGAUGCAACAGGUGAAGCGCAUUGCGAAGGACAAGUCAUACAAGUAUGUCUGGGUUAGGGACGGCCAGAUACAUGUUAGGCGUACAGAUGGUGAGCCGGUGAUUAAUAUUAACUCGGACACUGAUCUUGCUAAGCUCGUCUGA